AUGGAUAUAGAACGUCAAAUAGAUGAAUUUGUUUUACCAGGUGAUACAAUUGCACUUUCAACAUUACCAAGUCCACUUGAUUCAUCAAAUUCAAUAACACUUGGUCCUGGUUUACAUUAUGAUAAAUAUACAAAUGCAUUUACAUCACAUGGAUGUGGUCAUGUACGUGAACCAUCAUCAUUAACAUAUUAUAUUGAUGGUCAUCGUUUAUCAGUAUCAUCAUUAACAACAGGUGAUCUUAUUCUUGGUAUUGUUGUACGUCGACAACUUGAAUCAUUACUUGUUGAUAUUGGUUAUAAUGAAUUAGCUUCAUUAUCAUUAUAUGAUUUUGAAGGUUCAACAAAACGAACAAAACCAAAUGUUGAUCGUGGUGAUAUUAUUUAUGGUCGAUUGAAAAUUGAUGGUGAAUGUCAACCACAAAUAACAUGUGUUAAUGAUGAUGGAAAAGCAGAUGGUAUGGGUGUAUUAAAUGAAAAUGGAUAUUUAUUUUCUAUACCAAUUGAUAUAGCUAAUGAUUUAAUUCAUCAUGAUAAUUUAUUACAAGAAUUAGGAAAUGAAAUUCCAUAUGAAAUAGCUAUUGGAGCUAAUGGACGUAUUUGGAUAAAAGCAGCAGCAACAAGAACAAUGAUUGCAUUGAGGAAAGUUAUAUUAGAAAGAGCAAAGAAUAAGAGUGAUAUUAAUCAAUUGAAAACACUUUUUCAACAAAGUCUUGUUUCAUAA